AUGGCUGUCGUGGCUUCCACUGGACAGGUGACUGUCCCCGGGCAGCACCUCGGUCUGGCCAGCCAGUACCUCCCAGGCCCUGGAACACAUCUCGCGGACGGACAUGUCUUUGCCUCGCUCUUGGGACACGUGCAGAUUGCCAAGUCGGCAGAGGCCGUCGCAGCAGACAAGAAGAGUGCUGCGGUUCCCUCCGGCCCGGCGAAGCGGCUCACGCGCAUCGAGGUCCCGACAGCGGCAUCGGCAGCCGACAGCAUUGAUCGCAGACCGACGAUUUCCGUGUCCCGCGCGGCCGUUGCGGAUGGCGGCGAGGUCUUGCCGGACGUUGGAAACACGGUGCUGUGCCGUGUGACCCGCAUCACGCAGAAGCAGGCGGUGGUGGCCAUCCUGGUGGUGGGCGAGACGGUGCUGGACACGGAGUGGCAGGGGCUGAUCCGGACGCAGGACGUGCGGGCGACGGAGAAAGACCGGGUCAAGAUCUACGAGUCGUUCCGGCCUGGCGACAUUGUGCGGGCGCAAGUGAUUUCGCUGGGCGACCAGGCCAACUACUACCUGUCGACGGCGAGCAAUGCGCUGGGCGUGGUGAUGGCGACGAGCGAGACAGGGAGCCCGAUGUACCCGGUCAGCUGGAAGGAGUACAUCGACCCGGAGACGGGCCUGAGUGAGCUGCGCAAGGUGGCAAGACCUUUUUGA